UAACUUAACUGCCAUGUAAAUAAUGAUGUAAAUAAAUGUAAAUAAACUGCCAAUUCCUAGUAUACAAUACCAAGGAUCUGCAAAAUGCAUAUGUCUAGUAUCACCUUCAACCAGUCCAGGCACUAAGAGGUGCUGCUGUGUUAUCAAACCAAAUGCAUAACAGCACGAUACACAACAACGGCACCAAUCACAUGAUCAAGAUAUCACCAAUCUUUGUAAAAAUAAUUUGAACGAAGGCUCGAGUGGAGUUUGAACCUGUCAUUAAAAAACGGAUGCCAAUGAAAUUCAUACUGUGAUCUUUAUAAUGGGGGAAACUAUUGCUGCUAUCUGUCUGGAAGCCUGCAGUUGGCAGGGCAGAGUUGUUGGACAGGCGCUUCGUCCGUCCACCCGCCCAUUUCCUCGGGUAAAAUUUAAAAUAUAGCAUACAUUCCUUACGUCGGCUAUACGAACAAUUCGUGCAAAAACAACUGUUAAAUCCAGUGUUUUAACGGCACUAACUGAAACACACCGAGCUAACGCGUAUGCUUUAGUGGUCCUGCCAAUCUCAGGUGUAUGUUACUCAGUUAACGUUAGCUAAUUUGCUAGCAGAAGAUAUUAACACAUCCUAAACGUGAACCUCAGAUAUUUUAUUAAAUUCUCCCUGAAGCCAGAGUCUAUUUACGUACGGAUCGUAACACAAAUCAAAAGGAAAAAAAACAUGGCCUCCCGAAGAAAAGGCGAGAAGAAAAGAAAGACGGUGUAGCUAACUGAAACAAACAGGCAGCAACACUUGGAUGCAGAGCCAUCAGAUGGCAGCACCAAAGAACAAAUGGCAUGCAAAAGGAAGAUGAAACCACAGAAAAAAUAUAUAGGCGCUCACGUCUCAAUUUCAGGAGGAAUAUGGAAAGCAGUGGAGUCCAGUGUGGCCAUGGGAGGUCACGCUUUUGCCCUUUUCUUGGGCUCUCAGCGCUCCUGGACAAGACCAGUCCUUGAUUCAAAGGCUGCAGUUAAAUUUCAACAAGCCUGUGCAGAACAUGGCUUCGAUCCAGUACACAUCCUGCCACAUGGAUCUUAUUUGAUGAACUGCGGUUCUCCUAAAGAAGAUGUGUUCAGUAAGAGCCAGGCUAUGCUUGUGGAUGAGCUGAGUCGCUGCGAUGCAUUGGGCCUCAGCCAGUUUAACUUUCACCCUGGAGCUGCUAUGGACUCCAGCCCUGAGAAAUGCAUGGAGAAAAUCGCCCAAGCUAUUAAUCAUGCACACCAGCAAACCCCUGCUGUCAUUACAGUGCUUGAAAACAUGAGUGGUCAGGGCAGCACCAUCGGUGGGCAGUUCAGUGAACUAAAAGGCAUAAUCGACCGAGUGCGUGACAAGUCACGGGUCGGGGUGUGUCUGGACACUUGCCAUGCUUUUGCUGCAGGCUAUGACAUUUCACCACCGGGAGGAGUGAACAAUAUGCUUGAUGAAUUUGACCGCGUGGUUGGGCUGCAUUAUUUAAGAGCUGUUCACUUAAACGACUCUAAAGGGAAAUUAGGCUCCCACCUGGAUCGCCAUGAAGACAUUGGACAUGGCCAGAUAGGUAUUACAGCUUUCCGAGAAAUUGUAAACGAGCCUCGACUGGAUAAUAUCCCUCUGAUUCUAGAAACUCCCGGUCGCCAGGGUUUCGAGUAUGCUGAACAGAUAGAGCUCCUGUACUCCCUUUGUGAAAAAAAGGUGAAGAAAUAGACAUCUACUAGGUGGAUUAAACCUUGUCCUGCAUUUUAAUCAA